CCAAAAUAUAAUAUAAAAUGCAAAUAUUAGAAAUAGCUGAAGAAGAAACAGAAAAAAAUGUUGCUGUAGCAGAAGUUGAUAAUGCUGUUGAAGCUACUAGUCCCAAUUUGGACGAUUUAGAUAGUGAGGCUGGAUUUUUCCAAUUAUUUAUUAGGCCUAUGUUAAAACCAGGCCAUGAAGGAGAGUUAUGCGAAUGGUUAAAAGAAAUGGGACUUUUACAGCGUACAAUGAAAUGUAAUAAUUCGGUUGGAAACGAAAUUUGCAAUACUUCAAUGCAUUGGGCACCCGCUCGAAUAUUAGAUAAAUAUCAAUGGUUGUGCCAUAAAUGUAAUUCGAAACGAAGUAUUCGAGAAAAUACCGCAUUCAAACAAAUGAAAUGUUCUCUUGCUACAGCAUUGAGGAUUAUUUUAGGAUGGUGUAAGAAUAUUGAAAUGGAAGAAAUAUCUGAAAUAUUGCUGUGUACAUCGAUUGUGAUAAAAUUUUUCCAAAUACAUAAGAAGGAAUUUAUAUUUGGUGGAUUCAAUAGUUUGGUUAUUGUUGACACAUUUCCAAUACUAGGAUAUGAUGAAGAAAUUAAUAAUAGUUUCCAAAAUAAUAAUAAUAUUCAACCGAUAUUAUGUAUUGCUGAAAUAAAGGAAAUACCAACUCACUUCUAUUUCUAUCCAUAUAAUACAAUUAACGAAGCUGUGAUAAAAAUUAAAGAAAUUGUUCAACCGGGAACUGCAAUUGUUAUUAAUUCAAAAUUAUAUAAAGAUGUUUUUGUUAAUUUACGAGAUUGUAAUAAAUAUAGCGUUAUCAUUAGUACGGAAGAAUUAACUCAAUUUGAUACACCGAUAGCUAAAACUUUAAAUGAAAAUUUAAAUACUAUAUGGCUGCCAGCUAAAAAUAUUUGCGAGGAAGCACAAAAGUAUGGAAAUAAUAUGACUAGUUAUUUAAUUGAACAAAUGUGGCUUGCUAAAUUUGGCUCAACACCAUCCACUGCAUUUGAGUACUUAAUGCAUAAUUUUAAUGAUUGUUGGGAAAAUCAAGAUUAAAAUUAAAUAAUUUUAUUUCUAGCUAGUAUAACCACAGUUUUC